ACUGAAUACAUGACUGAAUCAGUUUGCCUGCUACUGCCAAUAACACCCAGAUUUGAGGGCUGUGGGAAGACGGGUUUCCUUUGUCCCCCUGCUUUUAAUGUCUUUAAACUUGGACUUGGUAUUGACUAGUUGCCUGAAAUCUAUUAAUAGCUGUAUUCAACAGGUAUUGACUGAGAAGGAACUCUAGCACAAGGUGGUACGCCUUAAAGAAUAGUGUCUUAUUUUGUCCCAACAUAUUUAAGAGGCAUUGAGUGGUGUUCACUGAUUGGCUGAUAUAAGCUGAACUAGGUACCAGGAUAAGAGGAAUUCUAGUGGCUGUGUUACCUGACACGCACCAGGUAUCAUACAGUCACUAGCCAGCUUAGGUGACACUGCUUGCCUAUUGAUAGAUUGAUAACCCGCUACAUGUCAGCCUACAUAAUGGUUUGGGGAGCAAGUAAAAGCCUGGUAUGUCUGGUAAUUCACCAAAGGGGAGCAGUGAUGUUCAACUAGAUUCCUCUUCUGAAAGUCAAAUUAAAGGGCGUGGAAGAAUACGAAGGUGUAAACACUGCAAAUUUUCGUGUACAGAUGCAAAAGAAUUUUUUCACCAUCAGAUGAUGGAACAUGAAGAAGAAAAUGAUCAAAGUUUUGCAUCACCAAAUAAAGGUCUUCCAAAACUAACUCCUAUUCGCACAAGAAAUUCCCAAAGUCUUGUGGAAGAAACUCCUGAAGAAAUCGUUGAAAAGACAAAUGGAGAUACAAUUAUUAUUAAUAGUAUGGUCACAGAUGAUGAAGAAGCAGAUGAAGAUGGAAGAUUAAUUAUUGCUGAUCAACAAGAAGAGGGUAGUAAUUCAGAAUCUGCAGUAGUUACACCCACUCGUUGUGGUAAUAUACAAAACAGAACAUACGUUUGUAGUGGCUGUGAUUUUUCGUCUACUAGUGCUAAAGUAUUUCUAAAUCACCAGAAAGACGCACAUAACUUUGAUAUCAUUAUUUAUGAAUGUGACAUUUGUGAUUACGCCACGAAGUAUAAACAGAAAUUACCAAGACAUCGAAAACUUCACUUCUCUGGUCAAGGGUUACUAAUUGGUGAAGGUCUUGCUGGCGAAAUGGAUGAAUUUAAUGGUUUUUCAAAUGAUGAUACUUUCGACAACUUGCCGGAAGAAGAUGAGCUACCAGAAGAUAGCUUUAAAGAUUUACCUCCGCUUAUUGACAGUAAUACUGUUGUUGUAACUCCAACGGAUCCUGAUGAUGUUAUCCCUGAAGUCAAAAAAACAAAAAAGAGACAAGAAGUAGAUCCAGCAAAAUAUUUCGAGGUUGUAGAUGACACUGGUUGUAAAUAUGCCUGCUCAAGCUGUGGCAAUGUUUACAAAUGGCGAAAAUCUCUAAAUAAACAUUGGAAAGAAAAGCAUGGUGGUGAAAUGCCAGACAACAGUAGGAAACCCCCAGGCUUGGUCUAUCUGGUGAACUCUGGUGGACAUACAAUUUGUGGAAGAAGGAAGAUCCUUGCUAACUCAGUCUUAAAUAGAAGCCAGAAUGGAAGCAUGAGUGAAACACCCCACUCUUCUGCUCCCGGAACACCUUUAACAUCUGUUGCUGAUAUGAUGAACUCUUUGAGUGAAAGAUCAACUACUUCAACAUCCCCUGUUUCAACUGUCAUUCCUAGCUUCAUUGGACCAUUUGUUACUCAUAGCGUUCAGCCAGUCUUUCCCGAGACAAGCACUCCCAAUGCAGAGAGAAGACAACAAUUGCUUAAACCUAAAUACAGCAACUUUCGCUUGCAAGGACAACAUGAGCCACUGGAUUUUUCUGUAAGAAAAGACGACGAAGAAAUAAUGCAGUCUUCUUAUAUCAAAUCUGAACCAAGAUGGGAAAGUGAAGAUCCUAAUGCAGAUGAUAAAGAUAAAUCCAUUUUACAAUGCACCAAAUGCUCUUUCAUAGCCAAAACGUUGGUUGAUUACAGUUCACAUAUGACACUCCAUCUAAAUAAGAGAGCUUUUAAAUGUGCAGAAUGCCAGGAACAUUUUAAUGGUGUUGAUGAUCUUAACUUGCAUUUUGCUGAUGUUCAUGCCAAUAGAAUUCAGGAACAUAAGGAAGCCAUUCAGCGCAUUCCUCAUGGCUUACAGCAGACAUACCAUUUGUUGAAAAUGCCAUUGAAUGCUAUAACUUCAUUAUCAUCCCAAGAUCUCACCACAGCAGACAAUAAAAAACUCAAAUGCAACAUGUGCAGCUUUGUGGCUAAAUGGCCUGCAGAACUUCAAAAGCAUGCUGUUUCUCAUUCUGAAGAACGACCUUUUAUGUGUAUGGUUUGUGGAUCAACUUAUAAAUGGAAAUGGGACUUAGUCAAACAUUUUGAGAAGAGUCAUCAUACAUUACCUAAUCCUUAUAAAAGAAGAGAAAUGAGCGCAAAAAAUGGAUCCUCACCUUACAGUAUGACAAAAAGUAACAUGUCAAUGGAUGAUGAAGCAUUGUUGUUUAAGUCUAGUCUUGAAGAUCCACCAUCAAAGAAAAGACGUCUAUCUGACUCUGGAAUGGAUGCCUUUGAAAGAAUGGACGAAGAUGAAAAUCGCAAUAGCCUUUCACAUCUGACUGAUCUAAAUAUAGAUGUGAAUGGAUUAGCUAGCAUAGGAAGAAACUUGGGUCUAGCUAGUAACAGACCAUCUUCACUACCUAGAUUAUCUGAUAUGGAGAUGGAAGAUGAGGAUUCUAUUCAUAGAUUACAGAUAUCAAAUAUACAUUCCUUACAAGAAAGGGAAGCUCUUCUUGGAAAACGACCAAUUAAUGAAACCACACAAAAAGCUAUUCAUGCUGCAGUGCUCAAUCGACUGAACAAUGGUGGUCAAAAAGAACAACAGAUUACACAACUAACAGAUGACUCUUCAGUUCUCUUGCCAUAUAAGUGCCAAAGAUGUGAAUACAGAGCCAGAUGGCCAUCAGAAAUAACACAACAUAUGAAAAAUCACUCUGAAGACAAACCCUAUCUCUGCCCAAGAUGUAGUUACAGAAGCAAAUGGAAAUGGGAUGUUGUGAAGCACUUAAAGAGGUGUGGUGGUGGUGGAACCAUUAAAGAUGUUAUUGAUACAACUAAGGUCAGAAGAAAUGCUCCACCUAAUGUGACUGUUAUGCCUGAAGGUCGUCUACAACAACAAACGCCCCAACCCAACAACUACACUACCAAUUAUCAACGAAUAUCUGAAAACAGUGAUAAUUUACUUGGAGGGUCAGCAUUGGCAUCUAUUGCGAGAAUGACAAUGGAGAAACAGGACAUGGAAAAACAGCCUAGAACAUCUAGUAGUGGGGGAAAGAAACCAGUCUUCCGAAGUUUGAUCAAUGAUGGACUUUAUUAUUGUCUGGAAUGCCAGUUUGUUGGAACAAGUCCAGCAGAAUUAAAGAGGCAUGCUGUUCUACAUUCUGAAAACAAACCUUUUAUGUGUGAUAUAUGUGACUAUAGUUCAAGAUGGAAGUGUGAUUUGAAGAAGCACAGAAAGACUUACAAUCAUUACACCAGUGCAGCUCAGAUGUUGGAAUCUCAGGCAUCAGAUCAUAAUCAAAACAGUGAUACAGAAGAUUCUGAAAAUUCAUUCCGUUGUCAGAAGUGCUACUUCUCAACAGACCAACCCAAUUUGUUUAAAGCUCAUCUGGAAGUGCAUGAUGAAUCCAAAUCGCCUACACCAUGUCGAUUUAAAUGUAAACAGUGCUCAUUCCAGGUAAAUGAUCUUGCAUCCUUUGUGCAGCAUCGUGUAACACACACAGAUAUUGUCAUCUCUAGACAAUCAUCUCCUGCUCAAUCACAAAACUCACCAGCUGCUUCUCAUACUUCUGAGUCCCCUAAAACAGAUAUGGAUGAAGCUAGAAUCAAACAUCCACGUAAACAAGUGAAGACAUUCCAUUGCAUCAAAUGUGAUUUUGUCUGCAAGAGAAGAGACCUAUUAGAAUCUCAUGAACUGGAGCAUGAUGAUCAAGAAUCCAUGUUGAAAUGUGUCUAUUGUGAUGCCAGUUUUAAGGAUAAGGACUCCCUGUUAGAUCACAUCAGUAAUCAUUCCGACUUCAACCCAGAUGAAUGGGAGACAUUCUUCAUGGAAGAGGAAUUAGAAGAGAAUAAUAAUGAACAAAUGGAGUCAUUGCAACAAAUUAAGAAACCAGAAGGAUCCAAUGCAUCAGAUACACCUAGGCUAGCGUCUGCUCUAGCUGCUGGACCUUUGAACAAAACAGAAGUCAAUAAUCAACCUCAAAGAUUAUCUGGUGGCAUAAUAGUUCCAGCUGUCCGCAAGUUCACUUGUGAAUGGUGUGAUGCUACAUUUGCUCAUGUAACGACAUUAUAUCACCAUGGCAAGAAUGUUCAUCCCAUAGAACUUGGCACUCAGGAGAUGGCAGAAUCAGCUCGAGAUUUUUUAGUAUCCAACACUAACAGAGCUAGUCACAUUGAUUCUAAGCAGCAACAACUACAACAGCAUCUUCAACAACAGCAAGCAGCCUCCCAAUAUUCAAAUGCACUUUUUGGUGGAAAUCAGUAUCUUAUUAAUCCUAGUUUGAUAACUUCUCGAGUAUUGUCACAAGUUCCCUCAGUCAAUAAAGAAAGACCUAUUCUACCUAAUAAUUUGGAUCCAAUGAAGGGUAGAAGGAUGAUUAGCCCUCAAAAGAAAGCCAAGUCUUUCCAAUGUACCAAGUGUCCAUUCACAGCUCCAAAUGCAGUGACUUAUCUGCGUCAUAUUGAGAGACAUGGCAGCAACUGUAAACACACAUGUUGGUUCUGUGACUACAGCAUCGACAGACUUAAUUUAUUAUAUCAACACAUGAAGGGAACACAUACGGAUCAGUGGAGAAAAACUGCCACGACUGGUGAUGUUUCCCCCAAAUCCGAUCGAGACAACCGGGAAUCAGUCGAACCUAAUCAUGACAACUCCACUUUGGACAUGUCUCCGAAAGGCAGCCGUCUUCUCAUCAAAGAAGAAAUUAUGCUGAAAGGUGUACCAGUUCAAAUAUGUACUUAUGAUGGAAAGAGAGUCUUUAAAUGUAAGAAGUGUUCAUUUAUCAGUAGUAAUGCUGCUACCACUACCAACCAUGCUGGAGAACAUGCUCCUUCUCAAAUGAACAAAGAUAAAAUGGAAAAAGUCCAAAGUAUGAAUAAUUUGGUGAAAGCUCUGCGAGCCCAAAAGGAAAAGAAAAAAACUUAUCCCUCAAAUGAAACACAGUGUUCCAAAUGUCCGUUUAAAGCUACAUCACCAGAUGGAUUACUGAAGCAUGCUACCUACCAUAAUUAUGAUGGAAUGUAUCGCUGUAAACAGUGUGAUUACAGUACUGAUAAGGUGAUGAUGUUAACUCAACACAUGCAACUACAUGAAAACAAUCAACCUACUAAGCAAGAAAAUAUCAAAUCAUUUGUACCCUUGACUAGCACUUAUAACAGAAUAGUCUUAAAUAGAAAACCAUCAACUGGUAAAGAUACCAGCAGCAAAUUACUGAGUAUCCAUGCCAAAACCAGUUUAAAUAAAUCAAGAAGAGUAAGAUAUAAAUGUUCAAGAUGUCCAUAUAAUACCUUCUGUAAAAAUAACAUGGUUAAACAUCGUAAACAGCACAUCAUCAAAAGCAGAUUUCGAUGUCCCAUUUGUAACUAUAGUGCAACAAGAGAUUAUCUACUCUUCCAGCAUAUGAAGUUCCAUGGUGGAGAUGCUGAUCAGAUGAUUAAAAAAAUGAAAGAAAGUAACUUUGAAGAUGUGGUUUUGGACCCAUUUGAUAGUAGCAGUAGUCCAAGCAGCAACCAUAGGAUGGAUGAAGAUAAUUAUGAUGAGGAAAUGGAUAAAUCAGCUGAAGAUGAUGUCAUGACAAGUCAGUCAAAAGAUGGGCAAGUCAGUUACAAAUGCAAAAAAUGUCCAUUUUUAAGUGACUCUAGUUCCGACUAUCAACAACAUGCUAAACAACAUUUCAUUGAACAGCGCUACAAAUGUGAUUACUGUUCAUUUAGUGAUGAUCGCUUACAAAACCUAUUGCAGCAUAGAAAUCUCCAUUCUAAUGAGGAAUAUUUUAAUUCUAAUCCACCACUAAGUAAUGUACUAAACAAAUCUUAUACUGAUGGUGUAACUUCAACAUCCUCCAACCAGAAUAAAGACACUACAGAUACAACCAGAGAUGAGAUGAGAUAUUCCUGUCUACUCUGUCCCUAUAAAUGCAAUUCUGUAAAGAGUUUCAGUGUGCACACAUCAAUGCAUGGAGUCAACAAGAAAUUUAUCUGUGAUUUCUGUAACUGGAGUGUUGAUCGACUAAACCUGUUGUAUCAACAUAGAAGAGUUCACAGUAAUGAACCAGGCUUCGAAAAUAAUCCCGAAGAAAUUGUUUUCAUGAACAGAGAAUUUGCUCUUGGAGUACCAAUGGCCAAUAAAUUAAGAGAGCCUUUGGGAGGAAUUGAUAUGAUCGGAAUGGAGAAAGAUGAUUUGGUUUAUUCUUGUACUGAUUGCCCAUUUACAACAGCAAACAAGAACAGCUUUACCAAUCAUAAAGCCUUGCAUGAAAGCCCUGCCCGUCACAAGUGUUCUGAAUGUUCUUACAGUGUAGAUAAAUGGAGCCUGAUGUGUCAGCAUAAAAAGCUACAUGAUGGAGAUGAUAGUUCAGUCUCCCCAACAAAGAAGAGACUUCGAUGCCCAAAAUGUCCAUAUCAUAGCCAAAAUCGUCAACUACUAGAUAAUCAUAUGAAGAUGCAUGCUUCUGGUCACAAAUACAACUGUGGUAUAUGUGAUUAUAGUAUAGAUCAGCUUAAUCUACUUCAACAACAUGUCAAGGUUCACAAUGAAACCAAACCAUCACCCCAUUCUUCUAAUGUCCAAUUACUUGAACCAGGUACAUCUAAAAUAACCUGUCCACAACUCUACUUUACUUCAGCUACAGAUGACAGUGUUUUAAGUGAUGCUAGUGAAGAAGAGUUCAAAUGUGACAGGUGUCCUUUUAGUACCCCUUCAAAACAACAGUUUGAUGACCAUGAAAACAGGCAUAAUUUUAAAAAUCGUGUCUCUUGUCCAUACUGUGAUUUCAGCAGUACAACUGAUAACCAAAUUUUGGAGCACAUUCAGGUCCAUUUUCCUGGUACACCUACUGAUGCAUUGAAACUGAUGUUGGAAAGACGCCAAAAAGAACCCAACAACAAUACAGAUGCCGAUGACAAAAUGGCUCAAAAGAUCAUCAAAAAAGCUGUUAAAGUUGAAAGUGAACCUGAUUCCACUGUAUCUGAGAGCCAGAAGAUUCAACAACCAGAAGAAGACAAGUCUGAAAAACCAGACAUGUCAACUAUUGAUACUGAAGAUUCUGACAACUUGAAACAAACUACCAAGGUGUACGUCUGCCAGUAUUGUGAACGCGAGUUUAAUAAGAAAAGCAAUAUGAUCCAGCAUGAGAGACAACAUUUAAUUGGACAUCAAUAUUAAGCUGUCAGCCUUAUAGACUGUAAAUAUAUCAUUGCCUUAUAGUACCAUUAGUAUAGUAGACAAACUUUGAACAUGUGCCUGAUGAUUUGGAUGUUGUAUUUAAAUUUGAUUUUUUACUUAAAGCUGAAAAGCACAGGAUAUAGUUAUCUUUAUUUAAAAUGUUAUCUGCUUAAGAGUUUACUUGUACUUUUUAUUCCAUUAAAAAUUGUAGUUAUUGAUGUACAUAUUUUAUAAUUACUAUAUAUUAUAGUAAGUUGAAAAGUUGAUCAUGUGGGUGUAAAAUAAAUUGUAGAUAAUAUAUAAGGAGACUAAAAGUUAUGUACAUGUAGGUUCUGGUAUAUAUGUUGUCAAUAAAAUAAAAUAAUGAACUGAGUGCUUGAUUAGAAUUAGUUCCAUAGAUAUGGAUUGUAACUGGUUACCAAUACCUUAAUAAUAAUAUUAUUUAUUGAUAAAAGAACAUUAUAUACUGCCAAUGAUGUGUGCAAUUAUUACAAAUUAAGAUUGUUCUUAAUUAUUUCUCUGAUCUUAUUCAUUAACACAGUUAGAUUAAUGUGUGCAAUCAAGUUAAGUAAUUGAAUAAGAGAAUUUAUAUUUUAUCUUCAAGUUUUUGUAAUUGAAUAAGUAUUUGUAUUAUAUAGUCCAUAAGUGUCUUAUCUAUCGCUUUCAUAUCUUUAUAUCUAUAGAGUAGGUUGUGUUUCUUUUUUAUACCAUAGCUAUUGUUGGAUAAGUAUCUAAUGUUAUUAUUGUUCAAAUUAUACAAUUGUGCCUUAAACUUCAUUCCACUUGUUAAUGGUUGUGAAAUUAUCUGAGAACUAAAAUGAGUAAAUGCUCAAAAUGGUUUGGUUAAAAGGAAUGCUCAGUUGAUUUUUAAAAUAUAAUUAUUUUUUUGAUGUAAAAUUCCAGCAAUAACAUUUAUAUUAGGGGGAAAAAUGUUACAAAAUAUAACCAGGUUAUAUUCCAUUAAUUUGAUUUGUCAGAAUUACUAUUCACCAUGUAUAUUAUUUUAUAAGGACAAAUAUGGAACAAAAUAUUUUUUUUUUGUUAUAUUUUUUUUACAUGUUUAUUCCAAACAAAACCAGUGAUAAAAACCCCCAAAACAAACCUGCCUACAUUUUGUCAAGUAUCUUCCAAUAUAUAUAUCUGAUAUUACAACAUGUAUAUUGUCAUUCCAACGACUUGCGGCUUCCAUAUUCCAUGUUUUGAAUUGUUCAAGUUUAAACUAUGCAUUUUAUAUAUCAACUCUUCCAAUCUAUUUACAUCGUUGUUAGAAUAUUUUUGAACCAGUAUUGUUGGACAUCUCCUUAGGGUUAUUCUCACAAAUCUGGAUUUUGAUAUUUGUGCCUUGGUGCUUCCGUGUAAUAUUAACAUUCUUAACUUUUUAUGCAAUAUUUUUGUACAUUUACUAUAGUAAAACAUAUAUAUUAAUUAUUGUCUUCAGUAUGCAAACAAGACUCUGUCAAAACUUAGCUUAUUAAAGCAAUGAAGCAUAAUUGCAUGUAAUUAUAUAACCUGCAGUUUAGUUUAGAAAGGUGAAAGGUUAUUAAUUGAUGUGAUCAUUAUAUUUGUUAAAGAUAUACUGCAAUUAUGCUUUAUAUUGAGAAUAAAAGAACAUCAUUGCAACAACAUUCCAAAAUAGUGCUUUAAAUGAAUAACUUAAAAUUUGUUUUUAUAUUUUGAACAAUGGCUUUCAUUUGUAUAUUAUGAACAUCUCUUCUUUUGAACAAACUAUAUUUUAUUUUAUACUAUUUCGCAUAUUAUAUAUUUUCAACCUAAUUGUUAUUUGCUUGACUAUUAUUCUUUAAAACUAUGUAGAAUUAAUUAUUCAAUAUAUUUGUAUAUAUGAUUUUAUUGUUUUAAUUGUUCGAUUACAUUCCAGAUGUUAUUCUGAAUUUUGGCAUUUUUUUUUCUUAUGUUUAUUUAUUUCUAUACAUGUACAAAUCAUACAUUUAGCUUAAUUGCUUCUUAUAUUUUAAGGCAUUAAGUUCCAUCAACUAAUUACAGUUAGAUUUCUUGCAUGUAGAUGGCAAAGGUAUGAAUUGAUUAUCAUUUGAAUGAGUAGUUAUUUUUCACAUAUUUUACUUGGGAUAAAAAAAUAUUUUUCAGUUAUGAUUAAAUAUAUUCUAAUGAAA